GCAUGAUUUUGGAAAAUCUCAGAAGCUGACAUGAGUUAGGUAAGUGCACGGGUUGUCAUAUGGUACACCGGUAUAGUAUCUCAAAUCCAGGUAGGUUUCUUAAUAGGACCCCGCAGUCUUUCGAAGACAUAAUUACAGUAUGACAUAAAAUUAGGUUAUUGGCAUUUUUCAGAUACUCCGCUGUUUUUACUUACAUGUACGUAUGCAGAGGUAACAAGUUAGACCAUAUCUCUUUUGAACGAUAGGCUUACACUCUUUUCUCUUUUCCAUUACCGUCAUCUUCAACCCCAGGUCUUUUCCCGACUGAUCCGGGAUAACGGGCAGAUAACGCUAUUUACCUACCUAGAUACCUCCUAAGGUGAUCACGAAAAAAAAAAAACACUCUCAAUGUCUCCAAAAACCGUCUUCAUCACCGGCUGCGGCCCGGGAGGCAUCGGCUCGGCCCUCGCGACAGAGUUCCAUCUGCGCGGGCACCGCGUCAUCGCAUCGUCGGAGGACCCACCCACCCACCUCGAGGCCGUCGGCAUCGAGACUCUGGUCUUGGACGUCACGUCCCAGGAGUCCAUCGCCGGGGCCGUGUCGCACGUGUCCAAGCUGACCGGCGGCACGCUGGACGUCCUGGUCAACAACGCGGGCGUGCUGCACAUCAUGCCGUUCGCGCACGCGGACGUCGCCGCCGCCCGCCGCGUCCUCGACGUCAACGUGAUGGGCGUGUUCGCCGUGACGCAGGGGUUCCUACCGCUGCUGGUGGCGGGGGCCGCGGCCGCGCAGAAGAACGGCGACGGGAAGGAGACGGCACUGGUAGCGAAUAUCGGCAGCGUGAACGCCGAGGUGAGGCCGUCCUUCUUCGGCAUCUACAACGCGUCGAAGGCGGCCGUCGACGCCCUCGGAGGCACCAUCCGCCCGGAACUAGCGCCCCUGGGGAUCCGCGUCGUGACCGUCAAGACGGGCGCCGUCGGCACGGGGCUGUUCGCGAGCACGCCCGUGGCGAGGUUGCCGGAGGGCAGCCCGUAUGAGCCGAUACGGGAGUUUAUCGAAAGUCGGAAAAUGUUGCAGCGGAUCAGCUAUUUAGAUCCCGAGACGUAUGCGAAGCAGGUAGUCGGCGAACUCUUGAAGCGUUCCGUGAAGCCUUUAGUUUGGUGCGGGCCCAUGUCGACGUUGGCUUGGAUCUUGACCUGGUUUGGCUGGGAGGGGAUGACGGACAUUAUUUACAUUAGAGGUAACGAGUUACAUAAAUGCGCUAUAAAACCGUAGUGCGCAUAGUCAACACGGCCAGUCCCAUCAUGAUGCAGAGAGAAAGCCUUUUCAUAUACCUAUUGCCCAUCUAGAUUUAUAUAUUCCCGAAAAAUUGCGCAAAGCUAUAUAUUAUCUGUCGCACAACAUAAUUUGUGCUCAUCACUGAUACCAAACCCAACCAACAUCUCCGAUAAUUAUCGUGUUAGUGGUCCAAAACAGUUCACAUUUGCGACGAUGGGGGAUAGAUUAGAUAGAAUUUUAACGCGUCCAAAGCUAAAAUUUUGCUUCUUACCUGGUUUUUUCUUUUUCGCAUGGACAUGUGUCUAAUGUUAUUGUCAUCGCCCACCCACGUUGAACAAAAUUGAAAAAAAAAAAAAAAGAUGAGAUACGAAAACCACGAUGUGGUUAUGAAAAAAGCAAAAGUAAAGGGUUUGGCCGGGGAUUGAACCCGGGACCUCUCGCAUGCUAUUGCAAAGGGUGUACCCUAAGCGAGAAUCAUACCACUAGACCACCAAACCGUGUGAGAUGUGCUGGAUCUCGAGAUU